UGGUUAGGCCUAUUAGAAGAAUUUAAAAAUUGGUAUGCAUGAUCUAUAUGAAUAGAACAUUUAAUCCAACAGUUGGUUUUUAAAAUAUUAAUAAGAAGAGUUUUUAGACCUAUCCUUCAAAAAAUAUUUAGGAGAACAACCUGCAAAACACUUUUCCCCUAGAAUAUUAUAAUUAUAAUUGGGAGGUUUUCCAUGGUACUCUAGUAACCAAUAAAUAUGACCUGUUGCCACUGAUCUCUGUGCACUGUCUAAACACAAAAAAAGGAUGAUAUGGUGCCAAUCAGCCCCACCCCUUGUGCAGUUCUUUACCAAUAUUGAGAAUAUAAGGUUCAAUGGUUCAUCAUCCAUUCAUGGUAAUGAAAAUGAGCUUGAUUGGCAAUUUAUAUAAGAAUGAUUAGUUCUAGUUCCAUGCAUAUGUUUUCAUGAUAAGGAUCCUAAUUUAUAGCCUUUAUCGAGUAAAUACUUUAUGUGCAAACUCAGAAGAUUCAUAUAUUUGUAUGUUCAGAUUUAAAUGGAAAUAGGCAUCAUGGAACUAAAGGGUCAUAUGAAGA